AAUCCAUCUUCUCUCGAAAUCCCCGCGCCGUAGCGACAUCGCCCGUGCGCGGCUCUCUCGGCUCAGUUUGCUCUGGUCUCCGAGCUGCGCCAAGGUUUGGGUGGCGGUGCGGGGUGUCGGUUUCCUCGGAAGAAAUGGAUGCCAGAGACAAACAUGUGCUGCGCUCCCUGCGCCUGGAGCUGGGUGCAGAGGUACUGGUGGAGGGCCUGGUCCUUCAGUACCUUUACCAGGAAGGAGUUUUGACAGAAAACCACGUUCAAGAAAUCAAGGCUCAAACCACAGGCCUCCGGAAGACGAUGCUGCUGCUGGACAUCCUGCCUUCCAGGGGCCCCAAAGCGUUUGAUACCUUCCUAGAUUCCCUCCAGGAGUUUCCCUGGGUAAGGGAGAAGCUGGAGAAGGCGAGAGACGAAGCCGCAGCUGAGGCGCCUACAGGUGACUGGACGGCCGGAAUCCCCUCCCACAUUCUCAACAGCUCCCCGUCAGAUCGGCAGAUUAACCAGCUGGCCCAGAAGCUAGGCCCGGAGUGGGAGCCCGUGGUGCUGUCUCUGGGGCUGUCCCAGACCGACAUCUACCGCUGCAAGGCCAACCAUCCACACAACGUGCAGUCGCAGGUGGUGGAGGCCUUCGUCCGCUGGCGCCAGCGCUAUGGGAAACAGGCCACCUUCCUGAGCUUACACAAGGGCCUCCAGGCUGUGGAGGCGGACCCCUCCCUCCUGGAGCACGUGCUGGAGUGACCCGCAUCCCUCAGCUUGCUGAGGCAAGGGUUCCCAACUCACACAGGCUGAGGCCUUUACUCAGCAGGUGGCUUUGUUUUGGGUUAGUGGGUUUUCUCUUCUCUUC